AACGGGGAAAUGGACAGUCGCUUGUCUUGGCCAACUAUGUCCAGAUGGAAUCAUAAAGCCUGCGCAGUUGUCAAAAUGAUUCGGACUUCUACGGAAACUGACACUGGGACUUAUGCUGUUUAUAUUUGACACGUGACUGACAUCGAGGAAAGCGGCAUUGUUGAAAGCCGAAUCCGCGCCUUGGGAACCUGGCUGUGACUCAUUCAGUAACCGGGCUCCGUCCUGUCCGCCCACAGGACUGCGGGGGCCACUUCAUUCUUAAAGUCGUCCUUUGGGAACGGUGACCAAGUUCUGGGUCAGGUGCGCAGAUGUCCUGGACUAGACUAUAAAAUAAUUCCGAGCAUCAGACACUAUACCUCUACAUCUGCGGGGCAUAAAACAUGCGACUCCUAAGUCAGGGUGUCUCCAUCGGUGCCCAAAAACUCCAACAGGGAACUCCUUCGACGUGUUUCGGCUGUUUCUCCGUUGAGCGCACACCUAUCCAGCAUUGGUGAUCAUGACUUCGGGUCUGCCUCCGUCUAAAACCCUGUACAUCUGCAUGGAGGUGGUGAUCGCCUUGUCCUCGGUCAUCGGGAACGUGAUGGUGGUCUGGGCUGUGCGUAUUAACCGGUCUCUGAGAGACACCACGUUUUGUUUCAUCGUCUCCCUGGCCUUGGCUGACAUUGCGGUCGGGGCUCUUGUCAUCCCCCUCGCCAUAACCAUCAGCAUCGGACUCCAGACGCACUUCUACAGUUGCUUGAUGGUCGCCUGCACAGUGCUCGUCCUCACGCAAAGUUCGAUCCUGGCACUGCUGGCCAUCGCCAUCGAUCGCUAUCUGAGAGUCAAAAUACCCAUGAGCUACAGGCGGGUGGUGACCCCUUGGCGAGCUGGCACGGCUGUGUUGUUGUGUUGGUCGGUGUCCAUAAUAGUGGGCCUCACGCCCAUGUUGGGCUGGAAUAACCUGCAGCGUCUCCGUGACAAUGGCUCCUUGAUCACUGAUGACCUUUUGGUGACCUGUGAGUUUGAGACAGUCAUAAGCAUGGACUAUAUGGUCUACUUCAACUUCUUUGGCUGGGUGCUUCCCCCUCUGUUACUCAUGCUGGCCAUCUAUGCUGAGAUUUUCUACAUGAUCCACAAGCAACUCAACAAAAAGGUGUCAGCAAGCCACACAGACCCAAGACGUUACUUUGGCAAAGAACUCAAGCUAGCCAAGUCGCUUGCCUUUGUUCUUUUCCUCUUUGCAAUCAGCUGGCUUCCUCUUCACAUUGUCAACUGCAUCACCCUCUUCUGCCCUGACUGCAACAAACCAGUGAUCCUCAUUUACAUUGCCAUCAUCCUUACCCAUGGCAACUCUGCCGUCAAUCCCAUCGUUUACGCUUUCCGCAUCAAGAAAUUCCGCACAGCGUUCCGUAAAAUCUGGAAACAAUACGUGCUUUGUCGAGAUUCUGUUGGUCAGCUUCCUCGAAGAGGGAGCCAGCGAGGACAGAUUCAUGAGAGGAGGCUGAGGCAGACUGAUGAUGAUGAUGAUGAUGUGUGACUUUUGGCAAGUAAUUGGAUUGGAAUUGAAAAGUUUUACCUCAGCGGUUCACAGAAUGGAACAGACUCUGGCUUUAUUUUUAUGAUUGGGGGAUUAAUGGUCAAAAUGACCUUAAUGGCAUUGAAGGAUGUCAGAGGAACGAAACAGGCUAAGGAAUUCUGCUGUGGACUUGACUGAUCUCCUCCAUCCAACAUGUUUAAGAGAUAGGAUGACAAAUCAGCAGGAGGACAACAUCCACAUCCUAAAUCAGACUUUGAUUUAGAUGAGUUUUAUUGUUUUUCCACUGGCUGACAAAAUGAUGAUGAUGUCGUAUGGGAUAAGGGGCUUCUCAUCAGUUUCAACACCAACCUCUUGAACUUGAAUCAGUGUAUAUUUGUAGCACAUGCCAUAUUAUAAAAGUGUAUAGUGUAAGCUGAUCUGAAUUCAACCUCAUGGCCUUUUUCAUGUGAGUAAUCUCAAAUCGUUAAGUAUCUCAUGAGCUAUAUUUACAUGCUUUGUCCUGUGGCCUUACAGAGAGAAAGUAAAGUACUAAGGAAAAAUGUAGCAUUGUGCUAGUAGGAAGUGGGAAUCUGGUAAACAAGCGUUGGGCACUUGGUAUUAAAAACCAGGAUUUUUGGUGAGAUGACAUGUUAAUGGAAAAGUUGCUCCUCAGACUCAUGGUCUUUAAAGAUAUAUGGUGUAUUAGGAUGUGUGACGGUUAUGUGUUUUGACAUUUCUGAGACCGUUUUACUGACAGAAUACUGGUUAAUAGUUGUAGCAUUCAUUCUAUUUGUGGACAUGGACAAUGGUAAAAACCUUGCAGCCACCUAUAGUAACUAUGUAACUCUGUAGUUAAAUCAGUGUUGCUGAAUGGAAGACUGUGAAUGGAGUGUUGGAGCUCCUGGAUCUGCUUCAUUUGAUCUUGGUGAUCUUUAAACCCUGUAAUGUACCUCUACUGUACAUGUCGGCAGGCCCUUUGCACUACUUACAGGUGUUUUCACAAUCAACUUUUCAAACAUUUUCUCCUGAUUCUUUAGGAUGAGGCCAGCAUAGAAGCAGCACCUUCUCUCUUUCACUUUUGUUAGCCAGAAAACGUAAACUAACCAUUAAAAUGAGUGAGAUUUGAAAUUAAAACAUGUUGAGAUAAAGUAGGACUGCUGACACUAAUAAACUGCACUAUAUGUAAGUAAUGUAUGCAUAAAUGUUAACUGGAGGUACUGUAUACAAAUGACCUAACUGAGCAAAUAGCUGUAUAUCUCUGACGUAUCCUCUUACAGCUGUUGAUUGAAUGAGCAGAUUGGGGAAUCCGUCCUCCAAGCAUCUCAUCAGAUUUUUUUUUCAAGACAAUAACAAAUGGAAACAAGGAUAGUAAGCAAAAAAUGUCACAGCAUAAUAUGAGCCCUGGUUUAAAUUUAUAUUGGUUUAUGUGCAAGCAGGUAGAAGCAUCAAAAUCCAUUUGGUGCGUCAUGACAGAAAUAACGUCACUUUCUCACUCUGUUUCUGUGUAACGAAUCUAAGGCCACUGGUGGUGGGAGGCUGAGUCUUCUGUAUAGACAUUGGGCUUCUGUCACUCAGCGGAGAGUGGGCUCAUGGAUGAAAAAAUGAAGGUGUAGGAGUCCAGGAAUGAGGGUGAGACAGGGUUUACAAGUGAACCAGAGUGUGAAAGAACUCAUGAAGAGUCUUUAUGUCUUCAGAGGUCAACAACAAGGCCACACUGGUGCUCUCCCAUCAACAAAACAGGCCUGUUAAUCUGACCUCCUACUGCAGCACUGUGUUACAAAACAUACAAUACACACACCUCACACACUGUAUGUUUUCAUCAGACAAGUAUAAUCAAGUGUAUUGCAAUUGUGUUUAUAAUGCUGUCCUUGAAAUAAUGUUCCAUGUGAUUCUUUUCUCAUUUUGUGCUCAUGUGAAAGCUUUUAAAGCCACCAUGUGUAGAAUUAUCAUAUUGCAAAUCACAGUGAGGGAAAAUCACUGGGUUGCACCAAUAUUUGCAUGUGAGAGUGGGGACGGAGGGAUUACAGUCUAAAACAAUGGACAUCCUGAUAACUGCCCGAAGUGAAGCUACAUUGACAUGAUCGCCGCUGAUGUAUUUUGGUUGAUUUGACAGCUUUAGUUGGCAGAUUGAUGCUGUCACUCCACUUCUGGUUGCUACUGUGCAGAAUUUGGUUGCAAAAAAGCAAGAUGGCAGCUGCAUUAUUCCUAAUAUUUUGACCUCACGUUUGCAUAGUGGUAGGAAGUGGGGAUGCCAUGUCCAUCGUAUAUAAAGUAUGUCAGUGGUUCAUUCCAAUCGAAUUUGAAAUCUGCUGUUGAAAUUAAUCUGCACAAAUUCUUCAAGUCAACUUAAUGAAGUUGGUCAGGUUUAAAUUAUACACACAGUGGCUUUAAGUUUUAAUCUAUUUACAUUUACUGAACAGGUAUGAUAAUUAAAAUCCGAUUUGUGCAAUAUUUCCAUCUGUACAUUAACAAUAUAAGCAGAUAGUCUGUAGUGAAAUGCACAUGUAAGCAUACUAUUCUGAAUGGAGAUGCAGAGCAGUACAAGCUAAUAUGGUAAGCUGAGUUGUCAGUCUCUAAUUACAUAUGACGGCACAAGUGAGUUAAAUAGGUCCGUAGACAGAAUCCAAAUGUAUAAAGCAAACUGAGCUGCAUAUGUAUAUUCAUUUAAUGAAGCUGGUGUUGUCUGAUUUGAUGUUGGAGAAUACACUUAGAUCAAACACAAGAGAAAGAAAAUAAAGCCGAUUUUAUCAUGAACACUGACUCCAAAAAACUUGAUGACAAGUGCUAUCACAUAGCUCAGAUAUUAGG